CUCUCUCUUCCCCACCUCCCUUCUCCUGCUUUCCACCUCAUCGGCCUCCAAGAUAGAUUCCCUCAGGAGUAAGGUUGACCUGCUCAAGCUGCCCUUGGCUCUGUCCACCAAGUCCAUCUCCGAGCGCAAGAGCCAGCUGGGCGGAGUCGGCGAGCAGCGCGGCACGGGGGGAGGAGGAGGAGGCGGGGCUCGUAAAGCCCGCCCACUGCCGACCCGAGACAUGGACAACGAGUCGCAGUACUCGGGCUAUUCAUACAAGUCGUCCCACUCCCGGAGCUCUCGCAAGCACAGGGAUCGGAGGGACCGUCAUCGCUCCAAGAGCCGAGACAGCAGCAGUCGUGGAGACAAAUCAGUCACGAUACAAACUCCUGGAGAGCCGCUGCUCGAUGCGGAGUCGACCCGCGGCGAUGACAGGGAUGAUAACUGGGGAGAAACCACCACCGUCGUCACCGGCACCUCCGAGCACAGCAUCUCCAAUGAGGACCUGACCCGCGUCACCAAAGAUCUGGAGGAGUCGACGCCGCUGGAGUGCAAGCGUUUCGUCGGGCCGGCGCUGGGCGGCUGCCUGAGCUUCUUCGCCCUGGUCACCCCGCUGGCCUUCCUCAUCCUCCCUCAGGUGCUGUGGCGCGACGCCCUGGAACCCUGUGGGACGCCCUGUGAAGGCCUCUACGUCUCGCUGGCCUUCAAGCUGCUGGUGCUGCUCAUCUCCUCCUGGGCGCUGUUCCUCCGGCCGCCCCGGGCCACCCUGCCCCGCUUCUUUGUCUUCCGCUGCCUGCUGAUGGUGCUGGUGUUCCUGUUCGUGGCGUCCUACUGGUUGUUCUACGGCGUGCGGGUGCUGGAGCCCCGGGAGAAGGACUACCGGGGGAUCGUGGAGUACGCCGCCUCGCUGGUGGACGCCCUGCUCUUCAUCCAGUACCUGGCUCUGGUGCUGCUGGAGGUCCGACACCUGCAGCCGGCCUUCUGCCUCAAGGUGGUCCGGAGCACCGAUGGAGCCAGCAGGUUCUACAACGUGGGCCACCUCAGCAUCCAGCGGGCAGCUGUCUGGGUUCUGGACCGUUAUUACAGCGACUUUCCCGUCUACAACCCGGCGCUGCUCAACCUGCCCAAGUCCAUCCUGUCCAAGAAGAUGACCGGCUUCAAGGUUUACUCCCUGGACGAAAACACCACCAAUAACUCCACGGGCCAGUCCAGGGCCAUGAUAGCAGCUGCUGCCAGGAGGAGAGACAACUCCCACAACGAGUUUUACUACGAGGAGGCCGAGAUGGACCGCAGGAUCCGCAAACGCAAGGCCAGGCUGGUCGUGGCGGUGGAAGAAGCCUUCACGCACAUCAAGCGUCUCCACGAGGACGAGGUGGCUUCGUCUCCUAAACACCCCAGAGAGGUGAUGGAUCCUCGGGAGGCGGCUCAGGCCAUCUUCGCCCCGAUGGCCCGGGCCAUGCAGAAAUACCUGCGGACCACCAGGCAGCAGGCCUUCCACAGCAUGGAGAGCAUCCUCACACACCUGCAGUUCUGCAUCACACACAACAUGACGCCCAAGGCGUUCCUGGAGCGGUACCUGGGCCCCGGACCCACCAUGCAGUACCAGCAGCAGAGCGGCAGGGGGCGCCAGUGGACUCUGGUGAGCGAGGAGCCGGUGACCUCGGCGCUCCGCCAGGGUCUCGUCUUCUCGCUGCGCCGCCUGGACUUCUCCCUGGUCGUCACGGUGACGCCGCUGCCCUUCCUGCGGCUCGGGGAGGAGUUCAUCGACCCGAAGAGCCACAAGUUCGUGAUGCGGCUGCAGUCGGAGACGUCGGUGUGAAAGGCGUCCCGUUUCGUUUUCCUCGUCCGUUCUCGUCCAAUCAUUUCCUCUCUCUGUGACAAUGAAACCCUUGGAGGAGAUGGGCGCCGCCUCCUGGUCAUCACAGAUGCUCUGAUAUCAAACUGUGAUCAGCUCAAUGAUUGUCCAAACCCUGGAAACAAACGGAUGCCUUGACCUUGUUCUGUUUGUGUUGUUUAGCCUUUACAACACGCUGUAAAGAUUCCUUUUUUGUUUGUUUGUUUGAUCUAAAGGGGCCUUUUUUCCCCAUUUGCCUCUUCUUCUGCUGUAACCACUGGACUACUUUACUGUGCUGACUCAACACACCAACACCAGAGGAGAGGGAUUACAUCACAUUUGUCGCUUCCUCUUUCUCGUGUCUUAAAAAAAAAACAACUAGAGCUCGGCUCUCACCACUGCCUUCUGGUUCCCUGUCAGGGUGUUGUUGCGUUUGGCUGGUUUUUACAUUAGAGGAGUGACUUUUUAUCGUUUUUUUUGUAACUUACAGAAUGUAGCAUUACGUGCAGCGAGUUAACGUGUUGCUUCUCUGCGGCCUAAAGAGCCAAAAUGUGUUUUUUUUUAAUGUGACUGUUAAGAAAAAUGGAAGUACAUUCCUCACUUGUUGCUACUCCAAACUCUGUGUGUUCACGAUUGUUUAAAUAUGCAGCUUUAGUUAUUCCACACUGGCAUUUUUUACUCUUACAGUUUUAGCAGGAAGAAAAAAAACAAAAAAACACACAUUUCCCCUGGUAUUAACAUAAAUUCUGUAUUUUAUUCGGAUAAAGAUGAUAAUAUUUAAGUUAAAUCUUUCUUAUCCAUCAAAAAGACAACAACUGAAGCUCACAUUUACAUGAUUUAGUUUUUAAAGAGGCCUAACAAUUUCAUAAAACACUUGUAGUCUGUAGUUUCUAACUAAUUCUGCUCAAACACAAGCAAGAAGUCCAUUUUCUAGCGGCUAUUUACAGCUGGUGACUGCUGGCGUAUUUUAGGCAGCAGGAUGAUGUUUGUGGGUUUAAGCCGGAAUAAACUAGUUUGUGUUUGCGGUAAUAAAAAAAAAAAAAAGUCUGUUCGUGCAGCAGUGCAGCUCGGUGGUGCAGUGGUCAAUAGUUUUUGAAGUACAACAUACAUUAGGCUCUCAAUACACAGCAAAAUGUGUUAAAAGAAUCCGUUCAGUUGUUGGUUUUGGUCUUUUUAAGCUCCAAGUUGACAAUGUAAGCAAAGACUAAAUGCAAUCUGUACAGUUUUUUUUAAACAUUUGUAGGAAAAACUAUUUGCUUUGCAUGUUGAAAUAUUAAAUGUUGUAAAUAUCAGGUUAAAGCUACAAACUAUCUGCAGCCUGAUGUGCAAAAAACAACCUUAAAAAAAAAGGUCAAGCUACUUUUAGUUUGUGCCACGUUUCAUGGCUUCUGUUCGGGGAGGAGCUGCUCAGUUAUCAUCUUGAUUCUGACACUUGAUAAAACCAGAAGUGCUCUGUUGAGUUCCUGCACACGAACUCGACAUUUUAAUUUAAUGGUCGCACAGUUCCACGCCUACGGUGAUGUGUGGGCCUUAAAGAAGACGUCGGAUUGUUCAGCUUCUGCUAAUUGUUUCCUACGCUGAACAGAACAAGACAUUUGAAGAUGCCACUUUGAACUGAGGGAGGCACAUUUUUCACCAUUUUCUAACAUUUUAUAGAAUAAUAAAUCAAUAAGAAAGACUACCACUGCUUCAUAUAAAGGUGGUAGAAAACAGAAGCAGCUCUAUUUGUUGAUGAAGGCCAUGAGACGUGGUUGAGCUGCAACUGUUUGUUUUUGGUCAAACAAAAUGAGAAUGUUUACAGCAGCAUCACUUUCCUCCGUGCAAGCUUUCCGUCAUCCCUGCUUCCCUAAUUUAUUUUGCACGCUAUGACGGAAGCCGUGUUCUGUUUUCAGCUUUGUGACGACGACUUUUUAAACUAACUUUAAUGGGUUUGUUUUCUACCUACAACAAUCUGUCUAAAAUUUGUUAAAAACAUGCCAACAUGUUUUUUUAUUGGAUGCUGCAAACCUGAGAUAAUACCACUAAUUAAGGCAGAAAAAGGGCUGUAAUCUAAAUAACAUGCAGGUGUUAAUACCAGGUGUAAAUGUGUUCAACGUCCGCAGAAGGAACUCAGUCACUGAUCCAGCAGCUGUAGUUUAACUAUGAGCUGCUGCUUUUCAUUAUUAUUAUUAUUUUUUUACACUUUUAUUCUUUCGUAUGCACAUCUACAAGAAUCCCAAACCAGACGUGUGAUUGUAAGCCGUCUCUGCAGCUGUAGCUUCUCACCGCCUCGCCUUGUGCCACCAGCCGAACCGACCCUUCACUCGGCCUUAUUUCUCCAGUCGUGGAGGAGCUGCACACUUUUUCUCUCCGCAGGUCCUGACCUGAGCUGCUCCGUUUGUACAGUUCGCUGAGCCACAACACGACCGACUGUUUCUUUCCAAAUAUGGUUUCAAACCUACAAAAAAAAAACAAAAGGCCCUUUCUGAGAAG